ACGCCAGGCUUUUGUUUAUUUGUGUUGAUUUUAGUGGCAAAUGAAAACAUGAAUGAUAAACAAUUAGCUUUGUAUACGUUUUAUAGUUUCUUUAAUAAUAGUGAUUCAGAAAGCGAUAGCGAUAGUGACAGCGAUACGUCUAAUUCCGGCUCAAGCGAUGAUGAAUUAUAUGAGGAUGAAGUUGAAACGAUGUAUACAAUUCUUAUGAUGGUAGAUAAAUCUUGCGCGAACCCUAUUCAAAAACCUGUACCCAACAAUCACAUUGAGCGAGUAAUACCUAGCUACAUGAUUGAAGAAUUUAAAUCUAGUUUUAGAAUGCUCCCGAGCACGUACGAACACGUCCUGACGCUGAUCGGACCCGCCAUCACGUCGUCGUCCGCCUUCGUGGGCAGAAAGACGAUCGAGGCAGACAAGCAGUUGAAGCUGACCUUGUACUACCUGGCGUCGCCCAAUAGCUACAGGUCGAUGUGCGAGAUGUUCGGCGUGGGGCGCGCCACCAUCGUGCGGACACUCAAGAGGGUCACGUACGCGCUCCACUGCCUCGCCCCGCAGUGGAUCAAGUGGCCCAAGGGGGACGAGGCAGUCAGGGUCUGCCGGGAGUUCGAAGCCGUCUGCGGGUUCCCCCGAGUCAUCGGAGCGAUAGCCGGCACGCAGGUGAACGUGCCGGCUCCGAGGGAGGACGCCUGCUCCAUCGUCAACCGCAAGAACGACUAUUCAAUCCACCUGCAGGUGGUGUGCGACGCGCGCGGCGUGUUCACGCACUGCGUCGCCGGGGACACGGCCUCGCUCCUGGAGACCAGUGCGCGCGGGGCCUCGCCGCUGGCGCGCCGCCUGGCCGACCCGGGGGAGCACUUCCCCGGCGGCGCGCACCUGGUCGGGGACGCCGCCUACGGCCUCCAGGCGCACCUGCAGGUGCCGUUCGGGCGCGGCGCGGCGGCGACGGAGCUGCAGCGCAACUACGACCGCUGCCUGGCGCUGGGGGCGCGCCCCGCCGAGGUGGCCCUGGGCACGCUGCGGGGCAGGUUCCGCGGGCUGCAGGACACGCUGCCCGUCGCAGACACCAGGAAGAUCCCGGAGCUGGUGAUGGCGUGCUGCGUGCUGCACAACGUGUGCGCGCUGGCCGGCGACCGCCUGGACGACGAGGACUACGCCGCGGCGACGCUCGCGCACGCGCCCGUGCACGCCGGCGCGGGCGCGCGGGCGACGGGGGAGCUGCUGCGCGAGUCCAUCAUGGAGCGGCUGCCGCUCAAGCCGGAGCAGGGGGCCGCGUAGGCCGUUACACAUCGGCGGGGGCGGGAUCAUUUCCCCAACAUUUAUCAGGACCAAAUUCUAAACAUACUUGACCUGCUUCGCAAUCUUCUCAGAGAAAUAAAGACAAGCCAUCUUCCACCAUCCCUACGGUUCGAACAAAACUUUGCAUACAUAAUUUUACAGUGAGUGACUUGAUGUAAGAUUUUGGACAUACGCCAUUGCUAAGAACUUUUUCUGUUGAAGAAAAAUAAGAAAUAAAAUAAAAAUAAAUAAAUAAAAAUACCCAAAAGGCAAAAAACACAAAUUAAGCAAAAAAUUGCUGUUGUCAACAGGAUAUAGACACCACAAAAUAUUCUGUAACAGGAAUAUGGUCAACAAACAAAGAAAAACAUUAAAAAAUGUACUAAGAGAACGAAAAAAACCCACAAAUGAUGACAUAAAAAUAUAAAAAAAUUCAGCACAACGGUUGAAACGAGACAAAAACACAACAAAACGAAAAGACAAAACAAACACAAUAGUUUUCCAAAACAGUAUAGAACGAUAAAAAAAAAAACCCACAAAUGAUGACAACACAAAAAUAUUGAACCCAAAAUAAUUCAGCACAACAGUUGAAACGAGACAAAAACACGACAAAACAAAAAUACGAAACAAACACAAUAGUUCUCCAAAACAGAAACAAGUGACGUUUCGGGAACUGCUAUCUGCUCCCGUUCUCAGGCAGUGACGCACAUGGUACGGAAACACAGGUGCGACUGAGUGCGUAUGAAUAGAGAGAGAGUACGGUGUUCACUGCAAACUGAGGAUGAAACACGCCAUAGCUAGGAACAAUUUUUUUUAUGGUUUUUAUCUUUAGGUCAGUUUCAUUUUUUAAAACAAGAGCUUUCGAUGUUUUUGUUUUUAUUUCAUAACUUGUUUUGAUUCAUAAAAAAAACUGUUAAUUAUUGGCAUAUAAGAGACAAAAAAAAAUUCUUAAUACUGUACUUAUGUAGCAAAAUUGUCUCAUUUUUAAUGACACGUGAUGCAAUUAUACAAUAAAAUCAUUACAUUAGUAAUAAGCAUGUCUAGAAAAGAACUAUUUAGAAAAAUAAAAAUUUAUUGGCACAUUUUUUGUGUAUUUGAAAACUGCCUAAUCAUUAAUGUAUAAAAAAAAACAUACAUAUAUAAAGUGUUAAUAAUAAGAGAUGCAACAUCAAA